UCUAGUUGUACUGCUCCCAGCACAGAGGGAACCUGGUGUCGGUUCACAGCCCGGGUCAACAGGUGUUUGUCCAGGAUCUGGUCAGGAGACACACAGACCAGCCGGUCUGGAUAGGAAGCUACGAUGCAGCUCAGGAGGGGAUGUGGCUGUGGAGUGACGGCUCAGCUGUUGACAGUUUCUACUGGGAGGAGGAUGAGCCCAGUAACUCUGGACAGGGGGAGAACUGUAUGGAGCUACACACUGGAGGUGGGCAGGGCUGGAAUGACGUGUCCUGUGGAGAGCUGAGGUUCUAUGUGUGUUCUAUGGAGACAAGAUCUGGUUUAGCAUCAUUGCCAAGUCAGAAGAAAUCACACGAGAGAGAGCUGGUUGAAGAGGUGAGUAUUUAUGACGUCCUGUGGGAGACCAGUGAGAGAGUAGCAGAUGAGAUCCUCUACUCAGCCUUCCUCAGAGGGAUGUAUUCCAGACGUCUGCCUGCCCACUGCUAUGCUGACUUCUGCCACCAGGAGGUGCUAUACCUGGACAGAGUCAUCACCAUGCUGCGGGUGCUGAUCAGAACAGUCCAGGGUCCUCCAGACAUCAUGAUGUUUCUCCAGAGAACACAUCAACGCUACCAGGAGUCUCUGAAGGAGGCCCAGAACCAAACUCCACCACACCUGAACCUGUCCUCCAUCCAGCCCUCUGCAGCUGUGCGUCAAUACCUCCAGAGCUUCCAUGACAUUGUGAAUGAGGAGCCCAUCUACUGGCUGGUGUCUCUGCUGCCCAGAGCCCUGCUCAGACCUUACCUGGCACAGAACCUGCCCCUGGGAGAGAGGACCAGACCAGGCCCCAGCCCCUGCCUCUACCCUGGCUAAGUCUCUUCCCCUGCCCCUGCUACCAGUGGGGGGGAGAAGAGAUGAAGCCAGACCAGAGGAACCAGAAGGACAAGUCAGGGACAUAUUACAGGCAUCUACUGGAGAAGUACCAGGAUGUGAUAGACGUCUAUAAGGCUGUCAACAUCUUCAGAGUCCAGAUGAUCAACGAGAAGGCUCUCUUCACCUCCAGCUGGUUUCCCACUGGUGACGAGGAAGAAGAGGAGGACCAACCCAACCUGUGGUCUGUGGACUCUGGUCCUGACGUUAGGGUGAAGCUGUAGCAGUGCAGCUGUAGAAUACAGGGAGCUGAGUGUGUAAGGCUGUGUGUGUUGGCUUUCACACUGGGCAGGACUGUUCCUCUUGUCAGACAUAUUCUACUUUUAUGUUGGAAACUUCUCCAAAAUAACUACUUUCAGACUGUAUUAACACAAUAACAUAAUGAAUGCACACAUUUAAUAAUUGU